AUGGUUACGAAGCUAGCAGUCUCUAAGAAUGAAUAUAGGUCUAAGGAUGGGUUCAAGGAUGGUUAUCAGGUUGCUAACCGUAAGGAUUUGAAGAGGAGAAACGAAAAGAGAGAAGUCACAUUGAUUACGGAUAUCAACCAGCUUAAAAGAAAGAUUCUUCAUCUUAAAAGUGGUAUCAAAAUUUUGAACUCUUACGAAAAAGAGACAGAGGUUGAAAACCUCGCCUUCAAAUGGCGAAGAAUUUGCCAGGCUGGCAUGGCAUACAUGUUGAAUUCUACGCUGAUAAAAAUCGACAAGAUGGGAGGUUACGAGGAGCUUGUAAGACGUGAAAUUGAGGCUGAAAAACGUAAGAUCGAGUACCAGUUCUCUGACAACUUGGAACAAGACAUCGAAAACCUUUUAGAGUCUGAAGAGUUCAAAAUGCUGUCAACAGAUGAACAACAAGAAUACAGAGAUAAAAUGGACGCGAAAAGGCAAGAAGUCGAAGAUUUGCAACAGAAAGAGCUCCAGAAACUAGAAGAAAAGCUUGGCAAGACCCGUGAAACUCAAAUGACCAUGCAAGAACUAGCACGUCGUCUUAACGUUGAUUAUAAAAUGGUCUUCGAAGAGUAA